GCAGGUCCUUACAGCGAGUUAAUCUUCAAAUUGUAAUACCGAAGUUCUGAAAAAUGUCUUUCCAUCGCCGACUUUUCGAUGAACAUCGUUUCCAAAUCAUCCUUAAUGCUUCUUUCCCUAAACGGUCAAGUGGUACAAAUACCUUGCACAGCCACAUUUCAAAAUGCAAUAGCAUCUUUAUUACAACAGUGUCAACCUGGCAGUGAUAAAUAAACAGAAAUAAAAGAGAGAUGUCAAGGCAAACAUGUACAGAAAAUCGUACAAAAAUGAGUGCGUCAACAAUGUCACCUUGACGGUGCAAAUGUACACUUUAAUUCAUCACCUACAUGUAUAGUUUGGAUAAUUUACGGUAUAAAGCAAUUGUAGUGUUAAAACGGCCCGUAUAAAUUGAAAUAAAAAGCCAAAUUAAAACAGUAAGUACUGCUGACAGUAAUUGGCGCUUGGACAUCUUUCAUGGAGAACGUGUAGCAUUUUAUUGCACUUUGAUAGCAACUAAUGAUUGCUUAAAUAUAAGGCAUUGGAAACGAGAACGACUGACAAAGAUAACUCCAUAAUUAAAAAAAAUCCGUGAUAGCUAAAGUGGACUCUGCAAAUCACGAUAAUACAGAUAUCGUUAUUAUCUCGAACCAAUCAGGUGCAUUCUGCAUUCUGUCCGAUAAUUUCCAUUAUAUGUGUGUACGAAGACAGAAUUACAAGUCGACGUAACGACGGGAAUGCCGUUAAGCAGAAAUUAGGAAUUGGUGGGGUGACGUCAGAGCCCUCGGGGGAGGUUUCCGUGGCGAUAUCGAUCCACCCCGGAAUCGAUCGACGAGCGUUCACCAUGUGGUUCCAUCGAGAGACCAACUCUAUAUUCUACGUGGACUCCGACUACGAAUCGCUCAGCAUAAGCAGUUCAAAGAUGGAGACCGAGGUGCGGAACCUAAAACAGGAACUUGCACGAACUCGGGACGCCCUGAAGGUGGCCACGAAGAGGUGCAGGGACCUGGUGAGAGAGCUAGAUAACCGAACCGCUGGCCUCGAGACGGAGCGAACACUCCGGGACCAGCAGCUCUCCCGGAUCCUGAGAGCUCUCCUCGUCCUGGAAGGCCGUCUAAAACAGGAGCAGAAGUCCAUUCGGCAGCUCCUGUGUGAGAAGGACAACGUGAUCCGCAACCAGCAGCUGGAGAUCGCGAAGUUGAGGCGGUACACGAAGAACUACAUCAAGUCAAAGCGCGAGCAAACAUUAGGUAGAUCGUCAAAGGAAGAUCAGGAUGAGACCUCGACCGAGAAGACGUCAGCAGAUCUGCAAAGCGUGUCCAGCAGCAGCGAGUUGGGUUCCCGACCCAACAGCAGCCUCAGCAAGGACAUACAUAAUUUAAAAUGCGAGAUUAUCACGAAGCUGAACGCAGCGGAGGACGAGGACCGUCAGGAUCAUGGGAUCAGGAAGAUGCACAGCUUCGCUGGCAGCGACAUCUCCAAGACCAGUCUAACUAGCAGCGAGAACACGGAUGCCUCUAUUAUCACCACCACCACGGAAGGUAGUCCAUCGUUACUAAGUACGGAAGGGUUCUGCGAAGGCGAGAGCACGGACGUAUCGCCUGGCUCUACCUUGAACAAGUCCACAAGAUGUACGCCGACCACGGUAACGGAUAGCGAGAACGAGACGACGCUGAUGGACGACGAAGAGCCCCCGACUACAGAAAAGAGGAGAUUAGGCGUGAUCAGAGCGAAACAGAUGAAGAAUUCUAAGCGGGCAAUGGCUAGGUGCGACAGCAACGACGACGGGCUGGACUGCAACUUCGUCUCCGAAGAUGAGGACGAGCCAAUAUAUGCAAAUUCCUGCACGGAGGCUAACGUUAAGAAUCUUGAAGAACGGGCUCCGACGAUCAUCACCACGAGGAGCGACGUCCUAAACCGAAGCUCGAACGUUGAACCGGUACAAGACCAAACUCUGGAGGAAACCAGCGGCAACUGGUACAGCGACCCUGACGAAGAUCGAGUUAGCGACGACGUCUUCAGGCACAACUCGUAUAGACCUAACAGUAACCACAACUCCGUCCUGGAGUGCGUUAAUCAGAUUCUUCUUAGGGACAUGGAGGAAGAGGAGAACGUCCUUUCCGUUCCCAGGAGAUUCAAACAUCGAGGUCGGAUCGUCCGGUUCCAACCGGCAAGGCUAUCCGAUAUAGAAUCCGUGGGUUCAGAAAUGGAGAGAAGGAACUCCGACGAAGCGACCACGGAGAAGGAACAGGUUGGCAGAAGCGACCACGUCGAAGAAGUGGCCGGUUUCGAAGGAACCGCUUCCGAGGAUGAGUUCGGUAUGAGGAUGGACCAGCCUCCUACGGAUAGCACCGAGCGGUCUCUGGAAUCGACAUCCAGCGCAGAAGAGGAAUCCGAGGAGCCGAAAGUCAUUCCUAUCGUGAUCAUUGAACCAAAGUCGGAUUUUGAUGAACGAAGAAUCCUGUCUCACGUAGCUCAACACAAGAUCAAGACGACAAACCAGCCCGUCAGCCCGACCUUGAAUAUGGAACGCAUCGAAGAGAAGACCUGCCUUCAGAUGUCGACAAAGGGAUUGACCAUAGCAAAGAACUUGGAUUACGAAGACAUAGAAUCACUACCGGAAGUAAUCCCGUCGGUACCCAAGACCCCUCCUGCUCUGCCACCUAAACCUCAGUUUAAGAACAAUACCCUGGUUCUGAAAAAGAUUCCUAGUCCCUCGUUUCUUAUCGACGAAACGCGAAAGAAAAAUGGGAUAGAAAGAUCUGAACGGGCUAAAUGCCUUUUUGGGUUUGGAUCGUCUCCGGGUCUUGGCUUAGAGGAAGAGCCCACGGUAAAGUGCACUAAAUUGGGCGACCCUGGCUUUGGAAAAAAUAGGUUCAACGACGUAAGAUCUUCCUUCCAGACCAAACAGAGUGCGAACACCGUCGAUCUCUCAGGGCCUAUGUCUAAAAAAACACCUCGAGUGACUAAUAUCGUUCGACACUUCGAGGAGUUUAAAAUCGGUGGAGAUACCGAAGACCGUUCAAGGGAACCUCACAGGCACAGAGAUCGACCGGUAGCGGACAUCGAACAGGAUUUCGAUAUCAGACAAAACUUUGAGGAGUUCAAUCUAGACGAGUGCGACCUUUCGGACGAUCCCGAUAGACUGGAAGGGGAUGGGUCGGAUAGACUCGGGAAUCUCGUUAUCACCAACCACAACGAGAACCAGGUCAGGAUCAAGGAGAACGAGAAUGUGCUGAAUGGUGGUUACGACCAUUUCCUGGAGGCGACCGGAUUAAGCAACAAGUCCAUCCUGACGCCCUCCAGACUCUUGAGCAACCAUAAGAGCAUGCUCAAACCCAAGGAUAUCAAGUACAAAAACAAAAUCAAAGCCACCGCCAUAUUCGAGAAGCACGGCAUAUCAGUUACCAGCGCGACUCACACUCACGUCAAGCACUGGACGGGACCAUUUGUCUGACAAUACGUUUGCCGAUUCCUUCCUUGGACGGUCUCGUAACGAAUUCCCUGUCUGAGGAGAUUGUAGUUACUCGUAAAUAAAAUAUAAACAAAGUAUUAGAUAUAACCUGUUCGGGGACCUUGAGGAGUUCACAACAGUCAGUAGAACCAAAAUCGGUCGCUAGGAAGAUCACCUGUUUGGAAACCCCAUUAACCUCAAGAGAUAUAGGUUAGAAAUUUCCACGCACGCGUGAUAAACGUUAUUCUGACUGCUUACCGUCAACUUUGAACACUUUGAAAACAAAAUUAACAUGUAACCGCGGAGUCGUAAAAUGGGAAAGAAGGGGUGGCAAAUAAAAUCCGAUAUAUGAAAUAAAUUCCGUUAUGUGCAAACGCUAUUUGUUGGGACGAACGACUUUUGAAAUUAUUUCUCGAGUGCGCGAAGUAUUGAAAUUCAAGGCUUUCUCUGCUAUGCUUGAGAGAAAGUUUUUGAUAUUGUGUUUGUUUUUAUACUUCCGCGUCGAGUCCUCUCAUGGAUUUGGUGUGUAGAGGCUAUCGUACUUGAUGAAUGCGAACAUGACGCUAAUAUAACAAUACCAGUUUUAUAUAGUGUUGGAAGUGUUUGCUAAUUACAAUAACGUAUUGACUUAUUGUGAUCUUUGAUACAUUUAUAAAGGUAUAGAUAUAAUAGUUUUUAAGCAUUCAUUUACUUAGACUGUGUUACGUGGACUUUUAGGUUUUCUUAUUGUGCGCUGCGAUAACAAUGAAAUGCUGCAGGAAACUACAUAUUCUUGGCAUCGUUAAGUCAAUUUAUCAAAGACCAGCUCUAUUGGAAAUAUAUACAUUAUAACGUUGAGUAAAUUAUACUUUAUAUGCUUGAUAUGUGAUUUCUUUCAACCAAACAAAAUUCAUAAAGAUAUUUUUUUUAACUGUGGAAACAGUGUGGAAUAAAACAAUGAGAUGCUUUUUUGAAAAAUGUUGAUAAUAAUACAGGGAUUUAAAAGCUGUGUACUUCUUACUAGUAUUAAAGGAAAGUGACAAUAUAUAAAUUUAUUAUCACCACUUUUUUAUUGGGAUUAUGAUAAAAUAUGCGUACUACUUUUCAGGUUUCGUUUUCUGGCUUUUGAAUUCCUAUGCCAUUUGCUCAAGAUAACACUCUGUUCCGAUAUAGAAAAUAAUAAGUGUAAUGCCAUAAACUACAAAACCUUCUUCGAAUAUAAAAAUGAAUGAUAUACACAUUGUACUUUUUAAUUUAAACAAUUUUCCGAAAUGUGCCCAGUUGUAACUUGGAACAGAACCUCAGACAUUAAUCAUUUUGAGUAUUAGAUCUUGAAAAAAAGUUGAUAUUUACUCUUAGGCAAUAAUAGAUUCAGAUUUACAGUGUUCAAUGGCUUUUUGAAAUAUUAUUUUGAUGAAAUUUCGAAUUCUGUAGUAUAAUUAAUACUGUCUAAAGUUAUUACAAAUAUUCUUCACACAAAUAAUUACAUAUACUAAAACAGAACAUCCAGUUCAAUACUAAAUGAAUUACACAAUGUCCGAUGAUAUCCAAUCUUUGGCACUUAUUAAAAACAAGUCAUAAAUGUGACUCAUUGAUGUUUUUGUUUGUCUCACAUAUCUGCAAUUUAUAAUGAUAUUCUUAACAGCUAUAACAAUAUAAAACUGUACAUAGGUGCAUCUCCUUGUUCCAAGUACUUUCAUUGCUAAGUUAUGUAUUAAAAUUUUUUAAUUGCAUAUACCAUCGUAUUAUUAAAGAAAUU